CCAUUCUUUCAUUGAUUCAAUAACACUGGGGCCCUCCAACACGCACGAUACGAUGCUGCGAAGCCGGUAGUCUCUUGCUUUCGUCUUGGUGCCGCCUGGGAUUCUAUCAUCAUUGACUGCUGCUGGUCGAUCGCCGCUGUCCUCGUUGCACUAGCAGGCCAAAGGAAGGCCUUGGUUGCCGAUUCACACGAACCAAGUCGCCACUCUUCGACACAAACGCAUGCCCUUUUGGGACCGUGUUUCUCCUCUUUUCAACCUUUUCACUCCCUCGCUCUCUCACUCACUCACUCUCUCUCUCUCUCUCACGCACACAUCUCUUCUCGCCUGCUCGCUCACCUUCGUUUGUCCACCAGCGCCCGGUCGAACCAAAUCUUGUGCGAGGGCCCGUCGUUUAUCUUGCGCUUUGCUGCGUAUCCAGUACGACCCUGGUGGCGCUGAUCCCGACCAGCCCACCCAAUUCAACCCUCCACCUGCGCGUGGCUUGACCUUUGCGUCUAGCUGCCGACUGGCUGCCAGCUUGGAAACGUCACUCCCUGAUUACGUCGCCCUUGGAACAUCCCUCACAAUGCGCUGGUUCCACCAAUCCAUCCUUCUGGCAUUCCCCCUGCUAGCCCAGGUCACCACUUGCGAAGAAGACCCUACACCUCCAGUCAAGCACCCAAAGUCGCCCACCAAGGACAUCCGACUGCUCUACUCUUCUCCAAACGAAGCUUUCCAGGAGCUUCUGAAUGCAUUGCCCGAGGAGUCGCUGCACGCUGCUCUCCAUUCGCUCACUCAUUUCCGCGAAGGCAUCUUCGAAUCUGACCGUCGAGGAGUCGCCCACGUGCACGAUGAAAACCCACCCCUCGCAACCAAGUUGAUUGUCGAAGCCGUCAAGGACCUGAAGAAGAGGCAGCAACCAUCUAACGGCACUGUCACCACCUCUCAACCCUCAGAGGACCCCCAAUCCACCAAUGCAGCUUCCUCGGAUGACGCAGCCCCGAGCUCUCAGUCUCCUCCACGCUCCAGUGCCGUGCUGGUCCCCGUAGUCAUCACUACAACAGACAACCAAGGCCGCACGAGCGUAGCAUCUAACGAGGUCCUUAGCGAACCGACUGCUUCCGUUACGGUUGCGGUGACUCGCACUGACUCACAGGGUCAAACCACGGUCGCGACCGAGACCAAGCCGGCCGUUGUCGAGAGCACAACCGACUCGAGUGGCCGUGCCCAAGUCACUACCCGACCUGUCGAGUAUGCGCCUACGAUUAGCCAGGUCAUGACCAGCACCAACGACCGUGGCGAGACUUUCUUGACUACCUACACUCCUGCAGGUGGCCGCGCCAGCAGCUUGUUGCUUGUCACAACCACCGGCUCCGAUGGCAACCCUACCGUCAUGACUAGCUUUACCUAUGUCGAGCCUGCAAAGGCGACGAGCGCUGCCCCGACCCCAAGUGCUGGUAAAGGAAAACCCGGUCUACAGGACGCCGGUGCCAUGUCCAGGUACGGGGGUGCGAGCAUUACAGUCAUGGUAGCUGCUAUGGCCGGUGCCGUCGCCUUCUUGUUUGUUUAA